GUUUCACCGGGGGUGAGUCCUGAGAGCGAGAGAGACGCAGUGUGGGCGGGUUAAGAAACUGCGAGAGGGAGGAGAUAUCGCGCCGUCUCUUUUAUUUCUCACGGCAUCCGCCGAAAACGGGGGCAUUGGUUUCUUCGUAUCUAAUCUUCAAAUUCCAGUUUGGCUCCUUUCCGCGGUUCGAGUCGUUUCGGGAGGCACCGGAGGCCCCAGCGCUCCUGCAGCCGUUGCGUUCGGUGCGUCGGCGGGCAUCGGGCUGUCAAAGGUGUGAGUGUGUGACGGAUGCUUAGAGGAGACUGAGCGGGGUACCAUCUCACACCUCACGAUGGCCAGAAUGAGUUUUCUCUCCUUUCUCCUCUUUUGCUUGACUUCGGUUGCCCAUGGCAACAAAGCUAAUAAACACAAGCCAUGGAUCGAAACAGAGUACCAAGGGAUCGUCAUGGAAAACGACAACACUGUCCUCCUCAACCCACCUCUGUUCGCCCUGGAUAAAGAUGCACCGCUGCACUAUGCAGGUGAGAUCUGUGGGUUUAGGGUUCAUAACGGACCGAGUGGUUCUGGUUCUGCUCAGUUUGAGGCAGUGGUGUUGGAUCGCUCCACUGGAGAAGGUCUGGUUCGGUCCAAGGAGCCUCUGGACUGUGAAAGCCAGAAGGAGCACAGCUUCACUAUCCAAGCGUACGACUGCGGGGAAGGUCCUGACGGGACCAACAGCAAGAAGUCUCACAAGGCCACCGUGCACGUUCGUGUAAACGAUGUGAACGAGUUCUCUCCUGUCUUUGUGGAGCGUCGGUAUGAGGCAUCAGUGCCCGAGGGUCGUCUGUUUGAUCGUAUUGUGCGGGUGGAAGCCGUUGAUGCCGACUGCUCACCUCAGUACAGCCAGAUCUGCUUCUAUGACAUCAUCACACCCAACGUCCCUUUCACCAUUGACAACGAUGGAAACAUAAAGAACACUGAGCCACUGGACUCUAAACGCCAGCGUGUCCACAGUUUCUGGGUAACAGCGUUUGACUGUGGGAAGAACCGAGCUCAGGCUGAUGCUCAAGUCAUAGUCACAGUAAAACCUUCCUGCAAGCCAGGCUGGAUUGGAUGGACAAAGCGCAUCGAGUACACUCCUGGUUCUGGCAGUAUCCCACUCUUCCCAAACCUGCACUUGGAAACGUGUGAGGAGACGGUUUGGAACAUCCAGGCUACUGUCGAGCUUCAAACGGGGCAUAUUGGAAAGGGCUGUGACAGGGACAGCUACUCUGAUCGAUCUGUGCGCAGACUCUGUGGUGCUGUGAGGGGUGAAGUCGAUCUCCUUCCACCUCCAUCUCCUGCAACCAAUUGGACCGCUGCGCUGCCAACUCUACCAUCUUCUGAUUCAUCCCUGGUCUUCUCCUUUAAUGGCUCCACCCAUGUCGCUGUAGUACCUGAUUCAGUUGCUUCAGCGGUGUCCGGAGACCACUUCACCCUGCAGCUGUGGAUGAGAAGAGGAGGGGCCAGCACUCAGCCACCGGCCAAUCAGGCGAGGGGAACCCGUAAAGAGGAGGAGACUAUUAUCUGCAGCACUGUAAAAAACGAUGACUCGUACUCUCACUACUCCUUAUCGGUACAUGGCUGUCGUCUUUCUCUUUUCUACUGGCCGGAUGUAUCUGCCGCAAGACCUGUCAAAUUCCUUUGGAAACUGGAACAGGUGUGUGACAGCGAGUGGCAUCACCUGUCCCUUAGUGUGCAGUUCCCCUCUGUCACACUCUACGUGGAUGGCGUGACCUUUGACCCCGCACUCAUCCAUGACAACGGAGCCAUCCCCAACCCCGCACCACACCAGCGGCUGGUCAUCGGAGCAUGCUGGGAGCCAGAAGAGAAACCAAGAGACAUUGUGAACAACACCAUGCCAGAGAGUAAAGAUACAGGAAAGUUUGUCAGUGGUUACAAAGGGCUUUUGUCAGGAGUGACUGUGCGUCCAGGAAAUGUGGAGCCUCACAGUGUUGUGGAGUGUCUGUAUGCUUGUCGAGAAGGACUCGAUUUCGGAGAUCUUGAGACUUUGGGCUCAGGCAUGAAGGUGCAUGUAAACCCUAGCCAGUCUGUGCUGGUAUUAGAAGGAGACGACAUUGAAAGUUUCAACCGUGCUGUUCAGCAAGUGACAUACAGGAACUCUCUACGAUUUGCCACACCUGGUGUCCGUCCCCUCAAACUGACCACCUCUCUCAGGUGUUUCAGUGAAGAGAGCUGUCUCUCUCUCAGACAGCUGGAGGGUUACCUGGUGGUGCUCCAGCCUGACGCCCCUCAGAUCUCUCUCUCUGGGGUGGGACCCCACCUGGCCCGGCCAGCCGCUGAGUUUGAGGGUCCGCAAGGGGUUCCCUUGUUUCCCGAGCUCCGUAUCGUCUGCUCCUUGUCUCACGCUGUGAACACAGCUGCUCAGGGCAUGGAAGGAGGGGCACUGAUGUCAGAUGCUGUGGCUCAUACUCUGGACGGGUGUGAAGUCCAGCCCUUGGGGGAGGAGCUAAAUCCAGAAAGGGAGGAGCUUCUGGUUGACAUGGAGGCAUUAAAAGAGAGGGGACUGGACAUCAUUAACACAACAGCCUACAUUGCCAUCACUGGAGCGGAGUCUAUCUCUGUGUACGAGGAUGUGCUGCGCUCCAUUCGCUAUCGCUUAGCAAAGGGCUCUGCUCGUUUUGAGAGAAGGUUUCGUCUGUCGUGCUCAGAGAUGAACGGCCGGUACACCAGCAACGAGCUCACGCUGGAGGUGAACUUCCUGCACUCUCUGGACAGUCUGUACCAUCCGUCUCACCUGCUGGCGUCCCAGCAGCAGUUCCUCCACCCGUCCCAUCACACCGGAGAACUGAGUGGACACACACUCCCCAAUCCACACCGCAACUCAGUUGUUCCAGGAGCUGCGACUGUAAUCAUCAUGGUGUGCGUGGGUUUCUUGGUUGUCAUGGUGAUUCUUGGUGUCUUUCGCAUCCGUUCCAUCCAUCGCCGUGGUGAAGGAGCAAGGGGCGGAGGCAAAGAAGGCAGCAACCAAUGGGACGAUUCGGCCCUCACCAUCAUCGUGAACCCAAUGGAGACGUAUGAGAACCGCAUGGGAAUUGCAACAGAUAUGGAAGGAGAGUGUGACGACGAGGAAGAAGUAGUGGAUUCGCCCGACGAUACCAGUGAUGACCAACGAAUCAUCAUCAAGAAAGAGGGAAGAGACUCCGCCCCCAGACGCUACUGAGCCAAUUAGCCACACUCACGUACUAAAGCACCACCCACUCAUUUAAAACACAGGAAUAUACAAACACACACACAUACAGAUGCACCGUCAAAGAAAAUGCAAAGUGUCUAACACGCCAGUGACACAGUUAUAGGAUCUCAGCCUCUGUGAAUGCAAUGCUUCUCUCUGGAAUGUACGCUCCCACAAUGCACAACGCAUUCGCUCUCUGCCACUCUCAACCCAGAUCCCAAUAUUUAUUAAUGGCACAAUUAUGUCCAUUCAUCCUACAACCGUUCCAAUUGAUGUUCUCACAACACUGUAUCGAACAUAAUGAAAACACUAAUUGUCAACUCAUAUCAACUAAUUGACUCUGAAUGUUUCAGAUUACAGCCUUUUGUAAUUAAUAUAAUGUCUUGUGCCCAGUACACCGUGUACAAAACCUCUUCAGAAGCUGUAUUUCCUCUGCACAAUCUGUCUCUUGAUACAUUCCUUGAACAAAUUCACAUGUACAGAUAUAGAGGACUAGUCAGUAAAGCUGUUUCGUAAUAGUGAUAGACUCCAGCUAGGUAUGCAAGUGCUUUCUUUUAAUAAGCAUCACAACGCACACACACACACACACAAACACACACAAAUCUGUGCACCUCUUCUCACAACCUCACAAAAAACACAGUACAGUGCAAUGCCCUCUGCUGUAUCAGAAUGUUAGCUCAACCUGGGCAGUUUUGAUUGUACUUAAAUGUAUGUAAAUACAAAUGACUACUACUAUUAUUCUCAUUUUUUUGUUGUCGGUUCCAUUAUUUCCGUUCAUUUUCGGUCUUUGCACUUUCAGAUAGGCUAGGUAUUUUUUUCUAAUAUCUCUAUUGGUAAUAUCCAGUGAUAAUGACAAUAAUAGUAUUAGUAAUAAGAGCGGUAAUGAUUGGCUUGAUGAAUGUCUAUUUAUUUGUGUGUUCAAUUGUGUAAUUUAAAAACUUGUUAAUAUCUGAUUCACAGUGGAACAGAAAGGCACAUUAUUGUUAUGCCUAGAACACCUCUCACCUCCGCCAUCAUCCUCCCUCUCUCUUUUCUUCCCCGUCUUUUCUCUCUCCGUACACUCUUUAGAUACUGCCACUGCUUUUUUGGUUUCUGAAUGUACAACUGUGCCACCCCUUCCUCCUUCCAGCUCGCACUCCUCUCUUUUUCCCGUGACUAUUUCUCUGUCUGUGUUAGUGUACAGUGGAAACCUGUCAGUAAAUAAAGGCCUGUUGUUUUUGCAGUGUGAUAUUAAGAAUGGAUAAAUUUGCAUUAAUAAGCUAUAUUACUACAAUGGUUACCAUUGGGACGAUUAACUAUACUUAUAGACACAAUGACAUGGAUUAUAUGGAUUGAUUGUUAUUGAUAACCGUCUGAAGAAAUAAUCUGUUAAAAAAUUCAUAAUAAAAACACACGGAUGACGUUAA